UGCACCAACCACUAUCCAUGUGCCGGAGCUGUCACAUUCUGCGAAGCGCAUGUUUGUGGCCGAAUUGUGUAUCGUAAUUAGGCGAACAUGUCGUCCGAACAACCGAACCCUGCUCGGGACGCGGCAAAGGCUACCGCCGAGGGCAGCAAAGCAAACUCCACCACUCCGAAGGUGGUGCUGACCGAAGACCAGCAGGCAAUAUUUAAUCGCAUCGCGAAGAAUGAAAAUAGCGAGUUGCGUUUGUUGCUGUCGCAGUACAAAUCGUGCGUCGAUUUUGUGGACGAGAAUGGCAUGACGCCGCUGCAGCACGCUGCGUACAAGGGCAACAAGGAAGCGGUGCAGCUGCUGCUCGACCAGGGCGCGGACGUGAACUCGAGCAAGCACGAGUACAACUACACAGCGUUGCAUUUCGGUGCGCUGUCCGGUAAUGCCGAAGUUUGCCUAAAGCUACUGCUGGCCGGUGCCGAUCCAAAGGCAAUCAAUUCCGUCGGCCGAACCCCGGCCCAGAUGGGUGCGUUCGUUGCGAACCACGAAGCGGUCGGAACGAUCAACAAUUUCGUCCCCCUGAGCGAGGUCGAGCGGUAUACGGUGGGGCGGGGCGAGAAGGAACCCUUGCUGCCGGCGAUCCUGCUGGAACCGUUCCACAACUUCAUCAUGCAGGUCAACAUUCACCCGGUGCGGAUACUGCUGAAUUUGCAAAAGUACGGCCUGUUUGCGUCCGACAUGAAGAACCUGCGCACGGUGCUGACCGAGAUGAUGGAGCGCGAGAUGAAGCGGCGCGGCGAGGUGAACGAGGUCAUGGCCUUUAAGUACCAUUAUCUCGGGUACAUCAUGGGAGAAAUUGUGAAGCACCGUGACUACGUGAAAACGCUGCGCGAUGGCCAGCAAGAACCAAAGACCGAUUUCGCCGAGCUGUUCGCCAAGCGCGUGCUGAAACCGAACAAGGACGGCACGCUGGAGUACGUGGAGGGGCUUGUGCGGGAGUGUGUGCGCGAGUUUCCGUUCCGCGAUUGUACCAUCUUCCGGCAGAUGGUGGCCCAGCUUACCAGCAAGGAGAACCUAGCGCCGGCGCUCGACAUUGCCCGGGCGGCAAUAAACGGGCAGCGCGGUUUCCAGGACACGAUCACCUUCUGCAGCUCCUGCGGGGAGGAAAAGCCGGACAAAAAGUGUUCCAAGUGCAAGGAGGUACAGUACUGUGACCGCCAGUGCCAACGGUUACACUGGUUUACCCACAAGAAGGUAUGCAGCCGACCGACGGCUGCCGCGGGCGAGCCACAGAAUUCCGCCGCCAAGAAUAUCGAUUCGACGGAAAUCAGUGAGCAGCUGCAAAAGCUGGUCGCCGGUUGAGUCGGAGCGCGAGCGUGAGUAGCGGAGGAGCGAAGGAAGUGCGUCCCGGUGUGUACGCACUCCCAAAUAGCACUAUUUUAUGUAUGUCCCAUCUGUGUUGUGUGUGUGUGAUUGGUGGAAAAGCCAUGCUGAACUGGGUAAGCAGUGUCUAAAGUAUCGUAUUUGUCGUGGUCAGUGAUGUAACAUGGAACGGAAAUUCAAUCAUGUUCAAAUAAAUAAUGCUGGUUAUCAAUAGCCUCGCAUGGAAUCGUAAA